CUAAAAGAGAAGCAGGAUGAGUUUUUGUUGCAGGAGUUUGUCAAAAGUUGGGCAAAACAAAAAGUUAUGGUUAGAUGGAUGUUGCGUUUCUUUCAUUAUCUUGAUCGCUUCUACAUCGCUGAGAGAUCUGUUCCCGGGCUAAAUGAGGUUGGACUUAACUGCUUCCGGGAUCUGGUUUAUCGGGAGGUAAAUGCCAAUGUGAGAGUUGCUAUAAUUGGUCUUAUUAAUAAGGAACGUGAGGGGGAGCAAAUUGACAGAGCACUAUUGAAGAAUGUGAUAGACAUAUUUGUUGAAAUUGGAAUGGGACAAAUGGAAGCUUAUGAAGAGGACUUUGAAGCACAUAUGCUAAUAGAUACCGGCGGAUACUAUUCACGCAAAGCAUCAAGUUGGAUUCUUGAAAAUCCUUAUACAGAUUACAUAUCGAAGGUCGAGGAAUGCCUGAGAAGGGAGAGGGAUAGAGCUUCACAUUACCUGCAUUCAAGCAGUGAGAAGAAGCUGGUGGAGAAAGUGCAGCAUGAGUUGGUGGUGGUUUAUGCAACUCAACUCCUUGAAAAGGAGCAUUCUGAUUCUGGAUGUAGUGGUUUUCCUAGGGACGUUAAUGUGGAGGAUCUUUCUAUAUAAGAAACCUGUUGCUAAUGUAUUUAAACAAGAUUUUCCUGCUGAAAUGGAUCACAAAAAAUAAAUUGUGAACAGAAGGCAUGAGAAAGUUUUUUGUGCUUAUUGCCAGUUUUAUAAAUCAAUGUCAAAAUUCAAUAGCCACAA